GCCUGCUUGGGUUUGAGCAUUCUCACAUCCAGAGCAGGAACCAUAUGUAGGAGAGCUAGCGACUGCGUGAUGUUUGAUAGGUUCAAAGAGGUCCGAAAUCGAACUAGCGAGUCCAUGAACAAAUCCCGAAACCCCUACGUAGCCAUCAAAAUAAUUAUGGUACACGCAUUUCUGGUCAGUGCAUGUAAAUCCAAGAACUUGAUAUUCAGUACCGUGUGGUUUUCUCUCAAUUCCCCCACAAUCAUCAUUGGUUUUGCAAGACUUGCCGUUGAUAAAGUCAGUAUUUUCGCACUCGCCAUUGAAGCAAUAGUUCAAGUACCCAUGGCAAUCUUUUGUCUUGUUGCAACGCUGUCCGACUCCUGAUUGUACCUCCGCAUUGCAGAUAUUAAGAGCUCCUUUAUGCGCACUGCGACAGAUAAGACCCGCCGCCUUACAAUCGUCAUCCGAUUCACAAGGAUCACCUUUAUGCCCAGCUUCGCUAACCCCACAAAAUCCAUAGGGGCAUCGAUUGGAGCGACAUCGAUCGAUGAGAUCAUAAUCCUUUCCAUCCUUGCUGAACCGACAAGGC